GCUCGCAGCAGCUGGCAGCUGACAGGAAAUUUUUUCCUCGCACCGUUUCGCGAUUCGUGAAUUUUCGCUCCUGGUGUUGGCAGCACGCCAUAAAAAGUUAUUAUUUUUCUGCGAUUUUCUCGGCCGCAAACGAACGGUUCCCGCAGUAUUUCGGCACAUUUUGCGAUCCGGUGCGGUGUUCCUCCGGUUUUCACUCGAAUCGGCCCGGUUAAGUUGACGUGGGAGCCACUGUUCUUUCUUCAUCUUCAACGAGGAGGUGCUGCACCAAAAUUUUCGAUCCAAUGUUGGCUCAUGUUUGAGGUUAGGAUCAUUCUUUAACGCUGUUGUGUGGUUCGGGAUCGUCGAACUGCGGAUAACUUAGCAGAUCCGCUAAAGGAUUGUGGAGACAUAUAGCAACAGGCUACCAAGGUAGCGUAUUAUCCAACAAAUAAAAUUUAAGAGGCAAGUCGGGAGCGGCCAUUCGGAAGCAGCGAAAAUGGCCACAGGAAAGCGAAUAUUGACGGUCGCCUUGCGUACCAAUUACGACAUCCGUCGAAUGAAAUCAUCCUCAUCGGUAGAAUGUUUGCCUUAUCUGGCUGAUUCGAAGGGAAUUCCACCGGAGUGUCCUCCCACGAAAGACGAGCUGCAGGCAGCCGGAUUGCUUCCUUCGGAUGAACAGCAGAAUGCCGCUGCCGGAGAACAACAACCCUCGAAACCGGAUCCGGAAGUCGUGUUCGAGAAGAUGUUCGAGCUCGAUGUGGACUAUCUCAAAUCUUUGGACCCGAAGGAUUGGAAAAAUCAGGACCAUUAUGCGGUGCUCGGACUGAAGAAAAUGAGAUUCGAUGCGACGGAUGACGAUAUUAAGCGAGCAUACCGUAAAAUUGUACUCAAACACCACCCGGACAAACGGAAAGCUCUCGGGGAGGAGGUCAUUGCCGAUGAAGAUUAUUUCCACUGUAUUACGAUGGCAUACGAGACGCUGGGUAACUUGAAGAACCGUCGAGCAUUCGAUUCAGUCGAUCCGGAAUUCGAUGAUUCGUUACCGUCGCAGGCCGAAGUCAAGAAGGACUUUUACAAAUCGCUACGGAACGUUUUUAAACGUAACUCCCGUUGGAGUGAAUCAAGAAAGCCGGUUCCUCAGUUGGGAGAUGAGAAUACCAGCCGCGAGAAGGUGGAAGAAUUUUACGACUUUUGGUAUAACUUUUCGAGUUGGCGCGAGUUCAGCUAUUUGGACGAGGAAGACAAAGAAAAGGGACAGGAUCGAGACGAGCGCCGUUGGAUCGAAAAGCAAAACAAGGCUAUUCGGCUGCAGAGAAAGAAGGAAGAAUCGGCGAGAAUCCGAGCCCUGGUGGAUUUGACUUACAAUAACGAUCCUCGAAUUGUUAAAUUCAAGAAGGAAGAAAAGGAUAAAAAGCUGGCUGCUAAACGGGCCAAGCAGGACGCCUACCAGGCUCAAAAAGCUGAAGAAGAGCGGAUGGCUAAGGAAGCUGCCUUGGCAAAACAGAAAGCAGCUGAAGCUGAACAAAAACGUAUCGAAAAUAUUCAAAUCGAAAAGGAACGGAUGAAGCGUGCCUUGAAGAAAGAACGUAAAACACUUCGGGACGCAGCCAAGGCCAACGAUUACUAUAUCAAGGAAGAAACGGAACGUUUGAAACACUUGGAGGGUCUGGAGAAACUUUGCGAAUCGAUGAAGCUUCUUGAUUUGCAGGAGUUCAAUAAAGAACUUGCUUCGGAUGGUCGAAACGCCUUUGUCAAAGCGCUGGAUACUUUGGAGCAGAAAUUAGAAGAAGAACGACGGUCACAGACGUCGCAAAAUUCUUCGAUACCGAACAAUGCUGGCCUGAAAGUUGUGAAUCGUAAAGCUCUCUGGAACUAUGACAAUGUUCAACUUUUGAUUAAAGCUGUCAAUCUGUUUCCGGCCGGGACCAUUUCUCGCUGGGAUGUAAUCGCCAAUUAUCUCAAUCAACAUGGAACGGAACUGGGCGACAUGAAGUUUUAUGCGAAAGAUAUUCUGAACAAGGCCAAGGAACUGCAAAGCGGCGAUUUCUCCAAAAGCGAUCUCAAAACAGUGGUUAACCAGCAAGCUUACGAAUCUUUCGAGAAAACUAGAAAAGACCUUAAAGUGAUAGACCGUGCGGAAAUUAGCACCAAGGAUGAUGAAGCUGUCGCUGCCAAAAAAUCCAAAACUCCAAAAGAAGCCCCGAAACCGAAUGGACAACACGCAAAAAUGAACGGCUCCCACGAAGGCUCCGAGGAGAAGGAAAACAUAAGCAGCAGUAAACCACCGGCAGCAGACACUAACAAAGAGAAGGAACCUUCUCCUGCUCCGGUUACGGAAGCACCAGCUGCCCCAGUGGCUCCAGCAAAGGAAAAAGAAUCCACUAAAAAGGAAAAGAAAGAAAAGGAAAAUAAGGUGUGGAGCAAGGAGGAGCAAGCCCUCCUGGAACAGGCCAUCAAAACUUAUCCUUUGUCCACACCGGAUCGUUGGGAUCGGAUAGCGGAAUGCAUACCAAACCGAAGCAAAAAGGAGUGUCUCAAACGUGUCAAGGAGCUGGUCGAUCUGGUGAAUGCCAAAAAGGAAGCUCAGACAACGGUCGCCCCGAAGCAAAAAUGAAGCAAUCAAAUCCCCACCCUCCGUAAGGCAAAUUUCUUGAUGCUGCUAAAUCAAUAACAACAAAGGCGCAAUUACGCGAAUGCUGCUAAACAACAAUACCUAGCUACAACUACAGUAACGACUACUGGAGCGCGGAGUAAGGCCUGGGUCCCUAGAACAAGGGGCACCCCGAAUAGGCGUCCGGGAAUACAAUUUGCUAAUUAUUUUACGUUUAGUACUGUAAAUAAUGUCUUAAACCUGAGAAUUAAAUACUGCUAGAAAUUCAA